AUGACAAAAUGCGUCAAUAAACCUUCCAACCUCAAAAGUUCAGUGUACAACUUGACUGGGCAAAACUACUUCGAGCAAUUAACGGCGUAUAAUUCCAUGUGUGCUCAUUUACGCCGAGUUUUGUUGGCGAAACGAGUGGUCGAUACGAGACGACCUCGUAGCGAACGUCAACGAAGUCGAAGCCAACAGAGGGUCAGUUGUAAGUCUAGAUCCUCUGAGUUUGAACUGUCAAACGACAUCAUCGAUAGACUUGCGUAUGACACCGAGCAUCACCCGAUUGAUAUUCUAAAAAUGAGUUGGGACUACAAGCACCCGCACGCAGGGAACAGAAAUAACGAAUGCUGUCGAUCAGUCUGCAAUUUAAGAAGCAUGGAUCGGUCAAGAUCGAGAAUUCAAUCCGAUAGAAGUUGCACGGGAAGAAAGACUCCCAAGGACUGUUCCACGCAAAAGAAAUCCACCUCGCCCUCACCUCAGCGAGGGAAAUUCAAUGACGAAAAUGGGAAAGGGAUAAAAUUCUCGAGACCGAAUACGAAUCCCCCGAGAUGCUGCAAAAUUGGAUUUAGGAAAUGGAAGUACGAACAGGAAGGUGCAUCCUGCGAAUACGCGUCCAGUUUCGAAUCAUCGCCUGGAGCAUCUUGUGGAGGAUUCUCCAGCGUGGGAAAUACGAGUCCAGCUAGGAGUGCCGAUGGUUACGGUUUCAAAGAGCCCAAAAGCUCGAUUUUACGUAAAAGUGCAUCCGAAAGCGAAGAGGAGGCGAGAUACACCAAAUUCGUUUACGACAUCACCCAGGAGAUCAUGCACAAUGCUCUCUACACCGACAAGGAGUUGCAAAACGUGUUCAGGAAGCACCUCAACAAGAACACAGGGAUCUUGAACAAGGGUAGGAUGAUGUACGAGAUACACCGUUUGAAGAUUGCCCUUAAUAUUCCGGACGAGUCCGAUGACGAAGAGGAGUACGAAUCGAUGUACAGUUUUUCCAAUUUACCAGCCAAGCCACCGACCCCUCCAAAAGUCUUAGACGACAACAAGGUGAUGGAGAAAUUGCAGAGCUACUUGAGGCUCGACGAAUAUGCCAGCCGCAGAUCUACCGGCAGCAAGAAUGUUAUCCUGGUUGAUGCCAAUCCCGAAUUGUUGGUCACGGAACGCGACGUUCUGAUGACGUUGGUGGAGAUGGAUGUGGAGCCGAAACAGGCAGAAUCCAUUUGUAAAAGCUUGCUCAGUAAAAGCAGGGACACCUCCACGAGUCACAUGGUGAGAGCUACCUAAUCGAUAUUAAACAAAAUUCCGCCUCGUAGCUGUGUUUAUCAGAGCUACAUAACUUUGCAUUAUCAAAAACACGUUUACCUUCCUUUGAGAGGAAAAACAUGCACCAUACAAUAUGCGGUUAAAUGGCCUUUUUUUUUUUUAACUAAUUUUCUCUGACAUUGAAAAUUGCAACUUAUCGAAACUUUGUCUUCUACGGGGGUAAUAUAUUUUUUUUUUAUAUGGUGUACAUAGCCAAUGUGACAAUUGUAUCUCCUAGGUGCAAGUUGAGGCGGAAUCCUGUUAUUCCAAAUAUUCUCGAGCAGUGGAUAGAGGGAGUUCAGCAACAAGAUUAAAAGAGAGCCCAUCCCAAGAAAGCAUCAUCGAUAAAGAUCAGGAGAAUACUAAGCUCAUCGGAGAUCGUAAGAAAUGUUCUAAAUGGAAUCAUGUUCGAUGCCAUUGCAAAGACGAGUAAGUGUAACGGACAUGUCCCAAAAAAUCCUAGACCCGUGAUAUUAGAAAUCGAAAGCCUUCCAUUGAUCUCUGCUGCCUUAAUCCGAGUAUAAGACUAAUUUUCUUAAAAUUUCAGAAGACAGUCGGAGCGAUCACGUAAAGGCCACAUCCUGGCCCCGAAUAUGCAGGAGACCUCAGUUUCCCAGAAAACCUUUCAAGGAAUAUUAUCAACGGUGUCUUCUCAAGGCCAGGAAAUUGCCAGCGAUGAAUCCGGAAUUAAAAAGGUUAUUAUCAUCGACGCCUCCUCUUCGGGGCCCACAACAAUUGCCGAAGACGACAGAGAAGGCGACGACAAAGAAAAUGGUACAUGACAUUCAAGAAGAUUGCAUAAAUAAGGAUCAUACGCUCUUUCCAAGCACGAACUAGAGCAUUUGCUAGGAAAUAAAAUGGUUGAAAAAAAAAAAUGAAAUCUUAUGAUUACGGCAUUUAUUCGAUGUUAAGGUGAUAUGAAAUUGUCAUUCCAUAUAUAACGUAAAAGUACUUAUAAAUCUUUACCCCAAACUGGGUGCACCGAAUCAUGUCGAAACUUCAGCACGUGAUCGUGAAGGCUGACAGUUCAUAACAAAUGAUAUAUAAUCUAAUUAAAUUCUAUAAGAUAAUAACCGUUCGAACAUUUUGUCUAGUCGCGUCGCCGGAAGUCACGAAGGAGGAAGGGGAAGUUGUCGAAGAGGAUCCUGAGGUCUACAGCGAAAAGGAUUGGUCCUCGAGUGAGGGAGAUUCGAUUUCGGGGAGCAAAUCUAAAGCCUCGGAAUCUCCAAAGGAUAGCACGGGUAUUCCGGAAGUGGAUGCACUCCGUUCGGUGCAAAAGUCGUCCGAGAGUGCAGCCGGAAGCGAAUCCGCGGAAAUGGAGAUUCUUGAAAUGCUUCAGGGCCUCGAAGAGAACCCCGAGGUAGCGGAGACGAUACGGACUAGAACUUCGAAUUCCAAUUUAGAAUCCGACCAGCCUGACUCGGCAAGAACAAUCGAGACGGACGAGAAAGAGCCGCAGGACCCGCCACUACUUUCCGGAAAUUUCUUUAAGGAUUCUUCGGAUUCGGAACUCGACGAUCCUGUGCCUUCGAGCGAGCUCGACCCGGACACAGGCAGGGAGAAUCAUGACAACGAUAUGCAUCUCUCGCCGCGUGAUGCAUAAAUUAACAUUUCAAUUCUUCACUCGGUGAAUGUCGAAUGGUUACGUCUCUACACAGUGACGAUUUUUUAUUCCUUCAAUCGGUAUCAUUCACAUCGAUCUUACGGUGAAGUGAAAUACGCCGAGGAACUUAAUCGACGUCGGUAAAAGAGAUUUUUCUAAAUGCCUACGUUGCCGACGUCGCUAUUUACGUGGACAGCCGUAUCGAAUAAUAUUAGGUAUUGUACUAAGUGGCAUACUCCAAGGAAUUAAACUUUCCCUAAAUCAGAUCCUCAGGCACGUUCUUAUAAUAUCGAUAUUCUUUUUAUUGAUAGGAUCAAAAGUUUACAGGUAGGUAUAUGUAUCGUUUCCGAGGAUAGGCUCGUGAAGAGUGUUUGUCGCAUAGAGCGAACUAUCUCAACAACGAUAAAAUAUAUAGUGAAAAAAUAUGUCAACACAUUUAUAUAUGUAUAGCCAGUACACAUACGGAACUGUACAUUAUCCAAAUAUAUAUAUGAAUGUAUAUAUACAUAUAUACCUAUAUAUAUCCGUAUAGUACAGUCAUUAGCGGUGUCUCUUUGCUCUAUACAGAGAAAAUACAUCGCUUGGAAUAAUUAUACGUGACCCUAUGGAUAUAUUUAGACUACUCAGAGGAGAGGAAAAAUAAA